ACGCGACGUAAACAUGCUGUCGGCGCAGAGAAUGCUCGUGUGCCGAGUGCCGUCACGAUGCCGACCGCCUGCGUUGGUGCGCCUCAGCUAGUUGCGCUUAUCGCAAAUAAGACAGGGUCGCGCGGAUGCCGGGAGCCACUGCACGAGGUGGUGAAGGCUGAUCGGCGGUCUGGCAGGUCAUCUGCGUGCUGCUGCUUGCACGCCGCAUCCACCGAGGGGCACGUCAUGGGCAGCAAGAUUCCUAUGACUGCGCUGUCUGCUUUGUCCUCUGCACGUCCACGCGCGGCUGAAACCAGUCCGGCCGAAUAAACAACCACCCUUGACAAGGGCGUCACCGCGCAGGAGCAGCGGUCUGUUAGUCCAGGGCCCCAUACCCGCCUUUCUCUGCACCACUCCGUCCUGCGACCACCAACAUGGCGGACGGCGACCAGACGGCAGCCGGGAAGAGCAGCGACAUGCCGGGCUCGCGCCAGGGCAGCUCGCACGGCGGCAACACGCCCACGACCAUCGCAGAGUCGGCGCGCAGGCGCAUCCCCAGCGCCGCGCCACCCGCCAGCUAUGGCUCCAUCACGUCCUCCAUCGACCGCCGCCUGCAGAACAUGGCGCCCUCCGAGGCGCCCAGCGCGAAGCCCAAGAAGCCGUCCAUGACCCGCCGCACGACGUCGUCCAAGUUCCCGCACAAGGGCCAGGAGUUCAGCGUCGACGACGACGCUGACGAGGUGCACGCCGAGACCGAGCAGCAGAUCAAGGACGCCAAAGAGCAGAAGCGCCAGGGCCAGUCGUUGCGCCGCAAGCCCUCAAACCUGCGCCGCCCGACUGGUGCAGCCCAACGCACGCCCCUCACCACCAUCGACUCGACCGAGGACGACGCGGUAGAGGCAGAGGCCGCCGAGGAGCCCGCCGAGCCUGAGCCGCAGCCCGCAAGCUCCGAGGAGGAGACGGUGCGCGCCGACGAGGACAGCGGCACCGGCGACGCCGACGAAGACGACGGUGACGUGAGCGACGCCGAGAGCUUCACGCUCAAGGAUCGUCAGGAUGCCAUCAACGUCACCCACCCCUUCGGCAUCAGGAUCUGGAAGCCCGCCUUGUACAAGAAGGGCCGCUCCGUCCAGCGCAACGCCGAGGCCGACAUCCACUCCAACCCGGGCCUGUUCGUGAGCAAGUGGCUGCUGCUCUUCAACAUCGUUUGGACCCUAGUCUUUGGCUGGUGGUUGUCGCUGCUUGCUGCUGCCGGUGCCCUUAUCUGCGCCGUCUUUGUAUUCGACGACAGCUGCAAAGAGUACUCGCGCCUGCUCCUCCACCUUGCCGUCUACGUCUUCUAUCCCUUCGGGCGCUACGUUAAGCUUCUGCAGGAUGACCAAUACGCCGAAGAGGAUGAGGGUGAGGGUCGCAGCAUUAGCGAGUACGAGCAGUGGCAGAGCGGUGACAUCGAAGAGGGUCGACUCUUCUUCGGUCCCAACGCCGGCCUCUCCUCCUUGGUAGGUCGGCGACGCAACAGCGUUGACUCGACUGGCGGGGAGACCACCAGCUUGCUCGGCCGUGACGGUCGCGCCAACAUUGCACACUCGGACACCGCGAGGACCAAGAACCGCUUCUUUGGACGUGGUAAAUGGACUCUCGGCCGCGUCCUCUUCUACGUCUACUUCUAUGGCAUCAUGACACCGGCUCUGUUCCUCGUUUCCGGCCUCUGCUGGUUCCUGGUCUUCUCCAUUCCCAUGGGUAAAGUCAUGCUACUGCUGUUCGAUCAUCUGCGCCGCCACCCGUUGGCCCUGUCGUUCCACUCCGAUAGCGGCAACGUUCGCCGCGUGGGCGAGUCGUCAUCCAUUCUCCUGUGCACCUAUCGCGCGGUUGGUAUCAAGUACUGGAAGUACACCAUCGACGGCACUAACAUCUUCCUGAUCAACUUGCUGGGCUUGGUGGCUUUUACCAUCUUCGACUACUUUGUCUUGGCAGAGGCACUGGGCUACAAGAUCUGGAUCACCGACACUCUCCUAGUCUUCUCACUCGCCCUGCUGUCUAUCAUCCCUCUGGCAUACUUCAUCGGCCAAGCUGUAGCGUCCAUUUCUGCUCAGUCAUCGAUGGGUGUCGGUGCGACCAUCAACGCUUUCUUUAGUACUGUCGUUGAAGUCUUCCUAUACUGUGUGGCGCUCAAGCAAGGAAAAGCUCAGCUUGUCGAGGGAAGUAUCAUCGGCAGCAUCUUUGCAGGUAUCCUAUUCCUGCCGGGCCUGUCCAUGUGCUUCGGCGCUCUCAAGCGCAAGACGCAACGUUUCAACGUGAAAUCUGCCGGUGUCACAUCCACUAUGCUGCUCUUUGCUGUGAUUGGUGCUUUCGGUCCCACGUUAUUCUACCAGAUCUAUGGCAGCCAUGAACUCAACUGCCGUCAAUGUGUUCAUGUUCAUCCUCACAUGGGUCACAUCGAAUCAGGCACGGAACGAGACUGCCGAAGAUGCUACUACUCGCAGACUCCAGCUCUCCACGACCGCUUCUACAACGAAGCAGUCAAGCCAUACACGUGGAUCGCAGCGACGCUGUUGUUCUUGUCGUACCUAGUCGGUCUGCUUUUCACUCUGCGGACACACGCCGCAACAAUCUGGAGCAAUGAGCCUGAGGAGAAGGAGAAGAAAGCAUUCGAUACUGUUGCAAACAGUCUGAACAAUAGCCAGCAUUUGGAGUUCCCACACUCUGCCAUGUCGCGAACAGCAACCUCACAGUCCGUAUCUCGAGCCCAGAUCCGCGACACCCAACUGUAUAAGCGCAUCGUUGGGCAGACGCAGCAUGAAUUCGGUCUCGGACUGGAAGGGCAGCCCCUGGCUGGUAGCCCGCCAAACAACAAGGCAGAUAGCAAUACGCCGCACUUGGUCCCGCCGAAGGAUCGCACUGAAACUGAGCAUUUCCAUGUUGAUGGUCUUUCGGAUGAAGCAAGCGACGCCCUCGUACGACACAUCACUGAGAUUGCAGCCACGACUACCGCCUUCGCCACGCGCGACGUCACAAGAGCACCACACAAAGCCGCGAAAAUGGCCAACACUCCAAGCAAGGGCGAGCGACCACACCAUCAUCGCACAACCACUGCUGUCACCGAGGGCGCAGCAGAGGAGCCGGAAGCUGGCCACACGGCAGGCGGUCACGACGCACCGAACUGGAGCCGUGGCAAGAGCGCCGCCAUCCUCCUCAGCGCCACCGUCGCCUACGCCAUCAUCGCUGAGAUCCUCGUCGACACCGUCGACUCGGUCCUCGAGGGCUCCGAUAUCGACGAAAAGUUUCUCGGCAUCACGCUCUUCGCGCUCGUCCCCAACACCACCGAGUUCCUCAACGCCAUCUCCUUCGCCAUGAACGGCAACAUCGCGCUGUCCAUGGAAAUCGGCUCCGCAUACGCUCUGCAGGUUUGCCUGCUCCAGAUCCCCGCUCUCGUGCUCUUUAGCGCCAUGCACGCGUCCACGAUCCCCGCCAGCGAAAUCGCAAAACAGACCUUCACCCUCAUCUUCCCGCAAUGGGAUAUGGCCACCGUGAUCCUCUGCGUCUUCCUGCUCUCCUACAUGUACGGCGAGGGCAAGAGCAACUACUUCAAAGGCUCCAUCCUGAUCCUGUCGUACUUCGUCGUCAUCGUCGGCUUCUACUUCUCUGGCUUCAACGACCUCGACCGCAUGGGCAUCGACCCGGAAGACCGGCUGGCGUUGGGCGGCCUGAUUAGGCAGGAGGUCGUGAGCAUGUCGUUCAAGACGAGAGCAGGCGGGGGUGGGCGGGCUUAUUAGAGGUUAGCUUAUUAGGGGACAUAU